AUGGCUUCAUCUACAGCAGUUCAGCCCGUUAAUGGCUCUAGUUACGAACCCAGAUACAUUGAUAUUGGCAUCAAUCUUACCGACCCCAUUUUUCGAGGAAAAUACCAUGGCAAAGAGAGACAUCCUGAUGAUCUCGAUGCCAUUAUCGGAAGAGCUCGUGAAGUUGGCUGUACAAAACUCAUAGUGACUGGCUCAGAUCUGGCCAAUUCCCGAGAUGCCCUUACCCUUGCCAAAGAUUAUCCCGGGACCAUCUUUGGGACUGCAGGCAUCCAUCCCUGCAGCAGUGCCGUCUUCAGCGAAGCGGGCCCUUCUCGCGAGUCUGAGCACACAACGCCAUGCGACCCUGAUCCUUCAGCUCCGGUCUCGGAAGAGCACCCUCCUUGUUCAACAAAGACCGAGAAGCUCAUUUCAGACCUUACGUCUCUUGUUACAGAGGCACAGGCCUCAGGCCAGAAGAGCCUUGUUGCCAUGGGCGAGUUUGGUCUGGACUAUGACCGUCUGCACUAUUGUUCCAAGACUAUCCAGCUUCACUCAUUUGCUGCCCAACUCAAAGUCGCUGCUUCGAUAUCUCCGCAGCUCCCACUGUUCUUGCAUUCCCGCGCCGCUCACGAGGACUUUGUCCGGCUCUUGAAGGAGGCUUUUGGCGAAAAGCUGGAGAAGUUAGAGAAGGGCGGCGUGGUGCAUAGUUUCACUGGUACAGCCGAGGAGAUGCGCGAGCUGAUGGACUUGGGAUUGUACAUUGGUAUUAACGGGUGCAGCUUCAAGACUGUCGAGAACUGCGCUGUCGUCAAGGAGGUCCACCUCGACCGUCUCAUGAUCGAAACUGAUGGACCCUGGUGCGAGGUUCGACCAAGUCACGAGGGUUACAAAUACCUGAUCGAGAAGAAGAAAGAUGCCCCUGAGAAUGAACAGAACGGAACAGCUUCCACUGAGCCUACGCAGAAACCUCAAAAGCAGUCCAAAAAGAACCAGAAGAAACAGCCCGAGGUGCCAGAAAGAUACAAGAUCGUCAAGAAAGAGAAGUGGGAAGAUGGAGCCAUGGUCAAGGGACGCAACGAGCCUUGCAACAUUGAACGGGUCGCCAAGAUCAUUGCGGGAAUCAAGGAGGUCAGUAUCGAAGAGGUUUGCGAAGCGGCGUGGAAAAACACAGUAAAGGUCUUUGGACUCGAGGAGAACUAG